UCUCAUUCUCCGAGCUCCGGUUCUUGUUCAUCGCAACAGAAGGAAAAUACACCUGAAGGAAGAGAAGUAAUACAGUGCGCCGCCAGAAUCAGACACCAAAAAAAGGAAAAGCUAUAAAAAUGUUCCUGCGAUUGAUCGCGCGGCCGUUGUUGGCGAAGGUGAAAGAGACGACGGGGAUCGUUGGAUUAGACGUCGUCCCCAACGCCAGGGAAGUCCUGAUCGGGCUCUACAACAAGACCCUUAAGGAGAUCCAGGCCGUACCAGAAGACGAGGGCUACCGUAAGGCCGUGGAGAGCUUCACGCGCCACCGUCUGAAGGUCUGCCAAGAGGAAGAAGACUGGGAAAUGAUCGAGAAGCGCCUCGGAUGCGGCCAGGUCGAGGAGCUCAUCGAGGAAGCUCGUGACGAGCUCACUCUUAUCGGGAAAAUGAUCGAGUGGGAUCCUUGGGGUGUUCCCGAUGACUAUGAAUGUGAGGUUAUCGAAAACGAUGCUCCAGUUCCCAAGCAUGUUCCACUGCACCGUCCCGGUCCACUCCCAGAGGAGUUCUACAAGACGCUCGAAGCCCUUUCUAAAAAGGAUGAGCCUAAAAUCACAUCCGGGGAGCCACAGAUAAAAGAAUAAGCAUGCUGAAGUGUUUUGGCUAGAGACACUUAGGUUUUCAAAGUCGAAUAUUGCAUUUUUCUAAUCAUCCUUUUAUUUAUGUUUUUCUUUUUCUUUUCAAUCUUGUAUUGUCCCUGUUCUUUAAUGAAUCAGAUGUUAAACCCUAAAGACAAAAGCUGGAAUCAUUCAGCUGCUAAUAAUGUUAAUAUGAUUGGGGUUCCCUCAGCUAUUUUUCUCCAUCCUAAA